AUGGAGAUUGAUCUCUCACCCCAGUUGGCGAAGAAGGUGUACGAUGGCAAUGGUGGGUCUUAUUAUGCUUGGUCCCCUUCUGAGCUUCCCAUGUUGCGUGAAGGGAACAUUGGUGCUGCCAAGUUAGCUCUUGAAAAGAAUGGUUUUGCCCUUCCUCGUUACUCUGACUCUUCCAAGGUUGCAUACGUUUUGCAAGGAAGUGGAGUUGCUGGAAUUGUGCUCCCUGAAUCAGAAGAGAAAGUUGUUGCAAUUAAAAAGGGUGAUGCUUUGGCGCUCCCUUUUGGUGUGGUGACAUGGUGGUGUAACAAGGAGGAAACUGAGUUGGUUGUUCUAUUCCUCGGUGAUACUUCAAAAGCUCACAAGGCUGGUGAAUUUACAGACUUUUUUCUAACUGGUUCUAAUGGAAUCUUCACGGGAUUUUCAUCUGAGUUUGUGGGAAGAGCUUGGGACUUGGAAGAGAAGGAUGUGAAGACCCUUGUUGAAAAACAAUCAGGUAAGGGUAUUGUGAAGCUUGAUGGAACUAUCGACCUUCCUCAGCCUAAAGAGGAACAUAGGAAAGGCAUGGCUUUGAACUGUGAAGAGGCUCCGUUAGAUGUUGACAUUAAGAAUGGUGGAAGGGUUGUAGUGUUGAACACCAAGAACCUUCCCUUGGUUGGUGAGGUUGGUCUUGGAGCAGAUCUUGUGAGGUUAGAUGGAAAAGCCAUGUGUUCUCCUGGAUUCUCUUGUGACUCUGCAUUGCAAGUUACUUACGUAGUAAAAGGGAGUGGUCGUGUUCAGGUUGUUGGUGUGGAUGGUCGUAGGGUGUUGGAGACAACUCUGAAAGCUGGUAAUUUGUUCAUUGUGCCAAGGUUUUUUGUUGUCUCAAAGAUUGCAGACCCUGAUGGAAUGGAGUGGUUCUCUAUCAUCACUACCCCUAACCCUAUAUUUACACACCUGGCUGGAAGUUCUUCGGUGUGGAAGGCUCUAUCACCUACGGUUCUGCAAGUUGCUUUCAAUGUAGAUGCAGGAGUAGAGCAACUCUUCCGUUCAAAGAGAACUGCUGAUGCCAUUUUCUUCCCACCUCCAAGUUAA